UCAAAUUAUUUGUCCUUUGUAAAGAAACACAAGGAAAAUAAUUGCUGAUUUUAGGUGUCCCGAAGCUUUUCUUCAGGUGAUUUGCUGCCCUGCGAAAAACAUGCCCAGGAUCCCAAGGCAUUGAAAACUGGAGAGAUUAAUUAAAAAAAACAUCCAAACCGAGCAAAGAGCUGUAAGAACUUGCAAGAAGGGUCUUUCCCAGCGCGGCGAGGAUGAACAAACAAAGAUUUCUCCCCGGCACUUCCCGGGGGCAUUGGCCACCAGCGCGCUCUCCGCGGCGCCUUAUCGAGAGCAUUCCUGCCUGCCCUGUUUGUCACAGGAACCGGCCUGGAGUGGAAGUGCCCUGGCAGCCAAUGACGGGUUCGGGGUAAUUGGGAAAGGCAGGUGGAGCAGGUAAGUCACCCCUAGGCAGGAAGGUAUAAAAGAUACUUGGAUCGCAGCGGCACGGCCACUCGGGCGCAGGGAGCUGGGUUGGUCGCUGCUCUCGCCCGACCUGCCCUGCUCGGAGAGAAAUCAGAAAACUGCCAGGAGCUCAAAUGCCAGAAGAAGGCUUGUAAAUAAAAAGACUCCGAGCCUAAGCCUAUCCUCUGGAAAGAAGACUCUUCAGGGGGUAGAAAGCAAGAGCCCAGAACAUGCUUUUCUCCUUCUGAACUGCCCUCUGACCAGGCCUUGCUCAUGCUGCCACCAUAAUAUCUGAGUGCCUCCCAGCCUAGUAGACUGCUAUCGUGAGGUCCCUGCUCGACCUCAUGGAGUCCUCUGCUCUCCUCCCUGCCCAGGUGUCGGGGAGCACCGGCUGGGAGUCUCCCAGGGCUCUCGUUAUCUCCCCGGGCUCCGUCAUGUCGUGUUUCACCCAGCUGUGGCACUCGAGCACCCCGGACUCGCCCACCAGCCCCGUCCCUGCGUCUCCAAAUGAAGCCCCCAUCCCCAUCAGCCCCAUCGUUAUCACCUCCCCAGGAGACAGCAAGAGGAAAGCGAGGUCCCCCACCGACAAGCCAGGCUCUCCAAACCCAACCUCCCCGAAGCCGACCUCCCCCGUUGAAUGUUCCAUUUGCUUCAACACCUACGACAACACCUUUAAGACGCCCAAACUGCUCCAAUGCUCCCACGUUUUCUGCCUGGAGUGCGUGGCUCGCCUGAGCAAAGGGCUGCCCCCAAACCACCCCGAGGACCAGCUCCCCUGCCCCUUCUGCCGCCAGCUGACCAGCAUCCCUCUGGAAGGCGUCCCAGCUCUCGAGACCAGCAAGGAGCUCCUUGCCACGCUGCCCCCUGAGCUCCAGCAGGAGAAGGUGCUCUGGAUGGAAGGGACCAAGCUCUGCUGCCGCCGGUCGUCCGACGACCCCGAGAAUCCAGACUCAUGCAUCUCCAUCGACGUUGCCAUGAGCAAGCCGGAAAGCCCGGAGGCUCCCCCGACGGGGCUGGCGGGGAGGCUGUCCCGCUGCGACAUGUGCGACGACUGGAAGCGCAUCGUCCUCCUCUCGGCGCUCAUCAUCAUCCUCUUCUGCAUCAUUCUGUGGCCGGUGCAGUGCGCCCUGAAGACGGGGAACCUCCGCUGCUUCACCAGGACUGUGGCAAUGAGCAGGCCGGAAUACCUCCCCCCGAAACACACCACGGCAGCCCCAGCUGUCACGCAGAUCCCUUUCCAGUAGCAGCCCAUGGAGGAGGCACUUUGGGGAGGCAGGAGCAGGGCUCGCUGCCCGACAGCAUCCCUCGCCGUGCCUGCACACCCCGAGGUCCCCACGCUCGUUCUGCGGCCACGCUUGGGUGCAGGCACCCGAUUCCAGGAGCUCUGCUGAAACCCGUGCCGGCCAAGCUGUCUCCAGCCCAGAAAUGCUCCCAGGAGCUGUCAGCAUCCUUCUGCCAACUCUCCAUGGGAACCAGAGCCUCGAAAGCUGUUGCAAAGGUGCGGUGGGCGACAGAUUCACUUCUAGGACUGCUCGCCUGGAGUGGCGCAGGGGCCUUGGCUGGAUACCAGAUGACAGUGGGUAUAGUUCCUUCCACCUCCCUUGGGGAAUAAAGGGCUGUUUCUUUUUGCAAACUGAAGGAUCUACAUGAUUAUUCCUGUGAGGAGCUGGGUUUGGGAGAGUAAAGACAUGUCAGAGUUGUACAGGCAGAUGAAAAGUAGCCAUAUCCCACAUGCUUGAAACAUUUCAGUUGUGUAUUCGGUGCUGGAGGUGUUAAAUGCUGCCUCCUGCUGACAAAACAUAGAUCCAUCCCUGCUGCUCACCGGAGCUGUUACCACCGUGACGAGCUGAGGCACUGCUGAAAUUGUGAACAGACGAGAGUAGCAUUUUUUUAUUUAUUUUUUCCUCCAAGAAGGUGCUUAAAAAUCACUCAUCCCUUGCCUGGAAGGGUGAGUGCACCCAGGGUGAGCUCUGCUAGGCACACCAGCAUGAUGCUGCCCCUCGGUGAGCUUCAUUCACACUUCUCCCAGGCAAAUCAUUGCCAAAAUGACAGAAGGUCCAGCUUUUGACAGCUUUACCCUCCUAAUCUCAAAAGGUGUCAGUAUUAAGACACGGGCCAGUUGCUUACACGAUAUUUUUAUUUAAUGCAGUGAUUUUCCGACAGUGAUUAACAAAAGUCUUCAUGAAGAAGGCGGCUUACAAUUAAAUCUUGUUUAUUCAAACACAUGGAUGUAAGACAGGAUUGUAUGCAAGUACCAUACGUGUAUGUAUUAAAUUAUGUUUUCUACGAUGCGAGGUGUCAAUUUGUAGCAUUUACUCCACAUUUUCCCCUCUUACUUGCAGUUGGAGGUGCCCACUCAGCAGUGCCGGGUCUGGCACCUCUGGAAGUUCAUACUUACUGCCAUCAAGGCGGUGUUGUCCCAGAUGCAGCUGCCCCUGUAUUUCCCUGAUUUAACCUGAAAAAGGAGACGCUGCCAAGGCUGCCCAUCUUUUGCUUCUUCCCAGCUGGAUGAAAGAUGUUUCCAGUCUCACUUUGCAGCAAAUCUGGUUUGAAAUAUAAAAAGGCCAAAGCAACAGCAGAAGUAACCAAGUCUGUUGCUAUGCAAAACGUCUGCUGGGGGUGCUGUAUCUGCAGCAGCGGUGCUGUUGGGCUGCAGGUGGUAUUAUCUGUGCCAGCCACACGUCUGCAAAACCCCCCCCCCCAGGCACUGUAGCAGCCACCAGAGGCACUGGGCUUGAGAGGGCUUCUCCCCGCCCGUUCCCCAGUGCUUGCUACUGUAAGGCUAUCUUCACAGCACCAUCUUAAACGUGUUCCUGGAAAAAGUAGACUUAAGGCAGAGAAGGCACUUCCAUUUCACACAAGGUGCAUUCGAAAGCCCAGCAAAUUCAUGCUAAGUAGCAGAAGUGCUUUGCCAUGCGCAUCUUGGUUAGCGCGCAGUCCCACUGAUGAGACCUGAGGGCAGGCGAGAGGGAAAUAAUAUCUUCAGCUCAACAGCCUCAUAAAAUCUGUUGUGGUGGUAAACUGAGCACAGAGAUGUUCUCACAGUUCCAGCUAUUCCUAGCGGUCUGUCACAGCAUCCUUCUGGGGACUGUCCCUCUGCACUUCCCCUUCGCACCGCCUACUGAGGAAGAAAGGCUGAAGGUCUAGCUAACACGCAGCUGAACCUCAUGUUCAUGCAUAGUCAAAAGGAAGAAUCAAAGCAAAUGGAAACAGGGCCCCAAGCAGUAACAUUGGGGUUAGGAGACAUCCCCACUGUCCACACUAAUUGCCACUCCAUCACUUUCCCAAAGAGCAAGCCACUUAGAAAGAAAUCAAAAAUAAAAAGCCUUGAGAAUAUUCAACAUUUAUUAAAAGUGCAAUAAAAAUAAACAGUUCUCCUGUCCCUGUGACGAGGGACCAGGAAGACCAGCCAGGAAAUACAGCCACGGUAUGUCAUUGUGCUUUUGUUCAACCCCUUCUGCUCAGCGCUGGGAGCCAGCACCCUGGGCACCAGUGCCCCAGCACGCAGGGGGCCGCACGUCUGCCCUCUUCCAGGCACCUAGGAGGACAUCAGCAUCAUCCCCACGCAUGCUCCAGAGCUUCAGGCACUGGCACUCAGGCCCAAAACUCCCCAGAGAGAGCACUUUCAGUCCCUGGUGUAUCCCGCAAAAAGGGGUUCUUUGGCAGGGCUAGUUGCAGGCCUCAGGGCUGGAACGGCAGGAGGCCCUGGGAGUCACAAGUCAAGACUUAAUCAACAGAGCUGGAAUAUUCCACUCAAUAACACACGUCUUCACGGCACUGGUCAAGUCACAAGCGCUCCUACAGCACCCCUACUCAGCAGACACAGCACUUGCCUCGUCAUACAGUUGCAAGGGGGAAAAAAAGAGCUCAUACAGCAAGGUAACGGCAGAGCUGCAUCAAGCUUAGAGGGGCCCAGCUCCACAAGUUCAGCUCAAGUCUAGCAUCCUACGCUGUGUUACUCGCUCGGGGUGGCUAAAAGCACAGUGCACAGUCAAAGCUGCUUUCCUACUCUUCAGCACCCUUCAGCUAGGCGGGAUCUCCCAUAGCUCAACGUUCAGACCCGCACCAGGGUGGAGAUGCCCCCCUCUGGCCCCAGUUCUGCUCCGACACCGAGCUCUGCGGGCUCUCAGGCACGCGCACACCCUCCUGCUGCAUGGUGGCAGCAGGGACUGCCCGGUGUGCGUUGGCAGGCUUGCAUAGAAAGCUAGAACUGGGACAACCCAAAGGAAGCGUGAGGACAAGAAUCAGAGGCACGUACACCUGGGACCAGGCCGUGCUCUCUCUUCCUCACCUUCACAGGCAGCGAAGUUACUCCGGGAAUUAGUCUAGAACCACUUCUAGCUUGGAAAUGAUCGACCUAAUGAAAACAUCCGAGUGCACUAAUACUUUUCUAACGCCCUAAAUGGGCAACCCUGGGAAAGCUCCUAAGCAAAUAGUCGUUUCCAUUCCUUUAACAAUUUGCAUGUAAAAAAUAAGAAUCUUAAAUUAAAAAAAAAAAAAAAAUUAAAACUGAGCCUUGAUGCCCAACAAAUGUCCAGAGGCACU